AUGGCGACGUCCAGGUACAAAGACAAGGACGGCGGCGUGCUCUUCUCCUUCAGUGGAGUCUGGAUCAGCUGGCUGCAUACCAUCCUCGCAUACUCUGCCUUCCUCAGCGCAUUGGUCGUCGGCAUCUCGCUCCACUACCACAAGAUCGUCCAGAACGAAUGGUUCGGAUAUCCGCAGGAGUGGUUCCCCUCCGUCUCCGCCACGAUAGGCGACCGCUAUCCCGAGCGAUCCUUCUUCCAGCUGUUUAUCGCAUUAACCUCUGGUCCGAGAUUCGCCCUUGUCGCCUUCUGGUACCUCCUUUCGCGCAGGCCCGGCCACAAGCUGCCCGCCUUAGUCGCCUUCUGGGGCGUCUUCCGAACACUCACCUGCGGCGGCUGGACCUAUAUCACCUCCACCGACGACCAUGACUGGCACGACAUCUUCAUGAUCUCCUACCUGCUGGCCACCAUACCCUGGACUUUUGGGUGCAUCGCCCUCAGCCCGCCCAACCCGACUGCGAUCAAGUACAGGAAAUACGUGUCGGGCACGUUCUACGGCAGCAUCAUCCCCCUCAUUUACUUCUUUAUCCAGCACAAGGUGCACAAGGUGCCAGGAGCCUACACAACCUAUGCCUUCUUCGAGUGGUCCCUCGUCCUUCUCGACGUCGCAUUCGACGCAGUCACCGCCCUGGAUUUCGACUCGUUCGAGGUGGUCAUCAGGGACAUCAAAGGAGUCAGCAAGGGUGCCAACUCCUCGUCUGUGCCCUCGGCUGUGCUUGAGAAGGAGAAGGAAAAGGCCACCGCUGGCGUCUCCACCCUGCCCUUCGGCACCAACGCCGCCCUCGACAUUGUCGCCGACGUCUACCAUGGCUUCGUCUUCUGGUCCAUCCUCACCAGCCUGGGCGUUCUGGUCUGGUACUUCCCGCUAUGGUACAUGGGCAUCUCCGGCUACGAGGCAUUCGUCAUGUCCACUGUCUCGCCUUUCCUGCUGGGUAUAGCACCACUAAGGACGCUGGUCGUCCGCAACCUGCGCAUCGUCCACCUGCUGUCGCUGUCUGGCCUGCUGGCCUUCCUGGUCCCCGGCCCUGUGGGCCGUCUCAGCGCUGUCGGUUUUGCGGUAUGGAUGCAGUGCCUGGCUUGGGCCGCCACUUUCUACGCCGACUCCGUCCACGAGGGCAGGCUCGAGUCCAGGAUCAUGGCCUGGAUGGCCGGCCUGCUCGUGUCAAGCAUCGCGAAAUUCAUGUGGCAGACAAACAACCCCAUCUGGCCCAUUAUGCAUGGAGCCAACGGCGGAUGGAACUACACCGCACUGUUCCUCGCUGUUCCUGCUGCUCUAAGGUUCACCCGGCGUGGAGUCCUGAGCGGCGGGGACAACAGCUCAAGGAAGGACGGCUCGGCGGUGCUCUCAGCACUCAGCAUAGGUGGUCUGCUGUUCGGACUGCAUUCCCUCCUGUCCGACAGCAGCACCAUGAUCCUCUGGGUCUGGGACGGGUACCCCAUCCGAGGUCCCACCGCCAACACGUCCGCCUGGUACACCAUUUGGGCAAUGACUGGAGGCCUGCUCCUCGGUCUAUUCCGCCCACAGGUGGUCAACACCUACGGCUUCUACGCGUUUGGCUGUGUCGGCGGCGCGAUCCUGACAUACUCCAGCCACUGGUUUGGCUACCUCGGUGCACUUAUCACCGCCACCUUCUUGAUGGCCAUCUCCCAUCCCCUGAUCACCAAUGCAGCCAAGAAAAGCCCCGCCGUCACCUUUGGCCUGGGCUUCUUCGUCUACAACUUCCUGGUGCUCUUCCAUGUCUGGGUUGUUGCAUAUGCCUUCGUGCCCGGCGGCCCCCUCGUCCGCGAGCAUACCGACUGGGUCAUGCUCACCACGUUCCUGCUGAUUGGCGCUGGCUUCUUGGACAUCAACAGAAUCAACUCGUCCAAGAAAGCCGGAAAGCGGCCCAUCAGGAACAACUCGUCCCCGAAACCCCAUCGCAGGUACCAUCUCUCGAUCCUCGGCGUGUUGAACCUGCUCUUCCUCGGCGCAGCCUUCCUCCGCUUCCCCACCAACGACUACAAGCCCUAUCAUGGCGAUGCGAACCUCAUCACCGCGGGCAUCUGGACCAUUCAUUUCUCACUUGACAACGACAUGUGGAGCUCCGAGGUCCGCAUGCGCAACCUGAUCAAGGAGUUGGAGAUCGACGUCAUCGGCCUGUUGGAGAGCGACCUCCAGCGCAUCAUCAUGGGCAACCGUGACACGACCCAGUACCUCGCCGAGGACCUCGGCAUGUAUGUCGACUACGGCCCGGGCCCGAACAAGCACACAUGGGGCGCCGCCCUGCUGUCCAAGUUCCCGAUUGUCAACUCGACACAUCAUCUUCUGCCCAGCCCCGUGGGAGAGCUAGCUCCCGCAAUCCACGCAACGCUGGACGCCUACGGCACGCUGGUGGACGUCUUCGUGUUCCACUCCGGUCAGGAGGAGGACCCCGAAGACCGGCGUCUGCAGACAGAGUACCUGUCCAAGCUCAUGGGCUCGACCGACCGGCCCUCCAUUUUGCUCUCCUACCUGGUCACCAAGCCCGGCGAGGGCAACUACAACACGUACGUCUCCGAUGUGAGCGGCAUGCACGACAUCGACCCGACGGACUGGGACCGGUGGUGCGAGUAUAUCCUAUACAAAGGGCUGAAGCGGACGGGCUAUGCGCGGGUGAGCCGCAGCACAAUCACGGACACGGAGCUGCAGGUGGGCAAGUUCGUGGUGCCGCGCACAGAAGAGGAGAAGGGAGGAUUCCUCGCUGCCGAAGAGGACAGGAGGGACAGGAGGGUGAAGGAGGCAGAGAUCGAGGAGUCGAGGAGGUUCCCUGCGCUAUUUAGGGGCAAGGGGCAACGCGGACACAGAUACCACGUUUUCAACGAGCCGCGGUAUUAUAAUUUCUAG